AUGGAGUCGGAGGUAGUGAGGGCGGAGAUGCUGCUGGCGCCGACGAUGGCGUUCAAGAAGGUGCAGACGGCCGACAAGUACCCCAAGGGCCAGUCCCGCGGCCGCCAGUGGAAGCACCUCCGCCACCUCCUCCAGGCCGCCGACGCCACCUCGCUGCCCCCGGACCGCCCCAACUAUUUAAAUAUUCAGUCACCCCCAUCCGUUUAUCCACCAAAGAGAUAUUGUGACGUUACAGGCUUUGAGGCACCAUACAUGGAUCCGAGGACGAAGCUGCGCUACGCUGACCCAGAGGUCUUCAGGCAGAUCAGAAUGCUUCCCGAAGAAUACGUCCAGAGGUACCUGGCUGUGAGGAACGCAGCGGUUGUACUACGAUAA